AUGUCGGAGUAUAAGAUUAAGAGUUCAUAUUUUUCCAAAAAAAAUAAGGUCUUAAUUCUGAUAUGUGCAAUUUUUUUCUCGUGUUCCACUCACAUAUUUAAGAACAUGUUUCCCUUUUUAUUUAUGCUAGCGGGAAUAAGAAAAGAUUAUACUAGUACAAAACUAACGGAAAAAAAAAAUUAUAUUGGUCAGGUAAAAAAUCAGUACCACAAUUAUUUGAAUAAUUACGUCAGUUAUGCAAACAAUCAUGAUAGUGAAGAGAGGGAAAAAGAUAAUGUGUAUGAUAAAAAAUAUUUAUUUUUAAGCAAUGUAAAUUGCGCUCUACAUAAUAUGUAUAGAGAAAAUAUUGGUGUACAUAACUUUUACCCACACAAUGAAUAUUACAAAUAUGAUAAAGAGGAGGACCCAAAAAACAAAAUGAACAAACAGUCGAUAUAUAUUUAUAGUAACAUAUUGUCUUUAAUAUAUUUUAGCUCACUAAUAACAUAUGUAUUUAUUUUAUUUUUUAAUUUGAGUAAAAAAAGUUAUAUUUUAAAUAGUUUUUAUGUAUUGAACUUGAUUUCUCAUUUUAUUAUUUUUUUAAUUUUAAGUGAUAUACAAAUAUACAACGAGAAUUUAAAUUAUGACUUGUACAUGCAAACACAAAAACAAAAAAAAAAUUAUACUUUAUUUUUUACUGCACAAAAUAAUGAAAAUAUUGUGAAUUGUUAUGACCCUGAGUUAAAGAAAAAAGAGAUUAAUUUUUUUUUUAAAAAGAAUUUAGAAAAUAGGUUAAAUUUUAACAGCUUAUUCUUUUCAAAUAGUUUGGAAAUGUCCAAUUAUUUGUUCAUUUUGCAACGGAGGGAGAUAUCCAUUUAUCCUAGUGAAAUGGAAGAUGGGUCCAUGUCGUCUGACAAAAAGAAGGUAGUGGGGAACACGAUCAAUUUUGCCUACACAACAGACGACAAACAGGAGGUUAGAAGUGAAAUGCUGAAUCGAAGGAGUAAUAGCAGCACCGUUACAGAGAAUAGUAAUGCUAGAGAUACUAACAACAGCAGCUUCAUUAAUGGAAUUAAUAGCAGCAUCAAUUAUGGCAUUAAUGACAGAAUCAAUAAUGGUAUUAAUAGCAACAGCAAGGGGUACUUGAAGCAUUUGUUCUACGUGUUCAUCGUGAUAAGUUCUGUAUGUAGCGGAUAUAUAAAGAUAUAUCAAAAGAAAAUAUUGUACUGUGUGUUUUAUGUAAAUAUAGGUGUUAUAACAUCGUUGUUGAUUCUUAUGAACAGUUUAUUUAAAUUAUUGGCACAUUCGUUAAAUUUUGUAGUAACAAACAAUAAUGCUGAUACAGAUAUAAGGGACUACAUAGUUAUGUUUUUAUUUAUAGACUUAUUAGGGUUUAUGAUGACAAUAGUUUUUACCUAUAAGUGGAUUAGUCAAAAAUAUUUGUGGGAUAAUUUAUAUAAAAUUUUUUAUAAUUAUAAAUAUACUUGUUUCUACUUGAACGAAACUUAUUAUAUAUACUCAACUGACAAGAAUAUUGACAACAUACUUGUUCAUAUACAUAUGUGUGAAGACAAAAAUGUCGAAAUAAGUUUUUGUGCCUACACAAGUCUGGAAAAGUCCAUUUUUUAUGAGUACUAUCUCCUGAACAAGUUCAGAAAUAAUAAAUUAAGUAAUAACAAACUUAGUAUUAUUGAAAUCAAAGAUAAACCUUUUGAAGUUAGUACCACGUAUAAUAUUAAAAGGAACUCAAGAGUAGGUAAACCACAAUUAAAGGGCAUCAACCAUGGGAAAAGCGAACGAAGCGGAAUAAACGGAAGUAGCGGAAUAAACGGAAGUAGCGGAAUAAACGGAAGUAGCGGAAUAAACGGAAGAAGCGGAAUAAACGGAAGAAGCGGAAUAAACGGAAGUAGCGGAAUAAACGGAAGAAGCGGAAUAAACGGAAGAAGCGGAAUAAACGGAAGAAGCGGAAUAAACGAUACCUUUACUAGGAGGAAGAACCACAGUUAUACCAUGAAGCCUUACAAAAUUUGCAUUGAAGCCGUUAACAGUUUAAUUGCCAUAGAGCACGAUACUAUUAAUGCUUCUUAUCAAGAAACUAACAAAGAAAAUGUACCAUAUAACCCUAGUUCGAACAAUAACGUAAACUCUGAAAUGUUAGACAGUAAAAGAAAUAUAGGCAAAUCCGUUUACUACGACGGGAUCGAGAGGAAUGAUGGAGUUGUUGUAAAUGCACAAGAGGAAGCACAGGAUUAUGUAGAUGCUUAUGUACAUAUUCCAGAUAAAGAUAUACUUAAUGGUAGUGAAAAUAAUUUGGCGUAUUCGAGAACCGCAAAUAAUGGAAAGAAAAAAUGGAUAAAGAAGGAAGCGGUGCACUUUUUGAACGUUACUGAGGGCGGAAAGGAAGAGGAGAAAGGGGAAGAAGAAAAAGGAGAAACUGUAAAAAAAUAUGUUACAGGUGGAAAACACGAAACAGGUUUACAUAGCUCAACUGAUAAUCGAAACAUAGGAACAAAUGAAAUAUUUAAUAUCAAUUCAAAACGUCAUGUUGUAAAUCAUUUAGACGAACGGCAUAAAGAAAGAGGAGAUAACAACAAUUUAGGUGCAGAGAACUUAUCUGAAAAGGAAAACUACGAGGAAGAGGAUCAAAAGAUCGAAAAGGGCGAAAAGAACUCCUUGUUGACCCCGACUUACUAUGAGGAAGACAAAUAUUUGUACUGUGAUGACUUGGAGUUAUCUUAUGAUGAUAAAGAUAACUCACCUUUGUUACUUAACAAAUACAAAGAAAGAUAUAAAAUUAAAAAUAUAUUUAUAAUAUAUGAAAAAGUGAAAACAUUUUUUUCUUCGUUCACUUUUUUUUUCUUUUUUUUUAUAUUUAUAUAUGCUUUUUUAUUAUCAAUUAUGCACAUAUUCGUAAACUAUUUUUUUUAUAUAUAUUUAAUUGUAUUUAAUAUAAAUAUUUAUGUGUCUAAUAUUUAUACUAUUCUUAUGACCUUUGUUUCACUGUUAGCUAUACCCUUUUCUGGAUAUAUCAUUGACAAUAUAGGCUCUUUUCUCUCUCUGCUUUUAUCUUCUUCCCUUUUCAUUUUAAUUGCCAUAUCUGGAUCAAUAUAUUGUUACAAGUUCAAUAUAAAUUCGGACGUCUUAGCCUUUUUGUUCUUCAACUUAAUAGGUAUUAGUGAAUCCAUUAUCCCCACGGUUAUUAUUUCCCAAAUACCUACGCACUUGUGCGUAAAAAAUAAUGAGAGUAUUACCUCUGCCUUUGCCCUAUUUGAGGUGGUUACAAUGAUAAUUAUAAGUAUAAAUCAUUAUCUUUUUGGCUAUUACUUGAUUAAGCAAGAGUACUUGAAGGGCCUAUAUGUAUUAUUCGUCUUUGUUAUUCUAGUUAUUAUCCUUAUAUUAAUGCUAAUAGUUACAAUUUAUUUUAAAAAAAGAAGAUAUGUGCAUGCAUUUAAGGGUGCAAAUAAUUUUGACCUGAUGCAACCACUUCUUUAG